AUGCGGCGAAGUUCCUUCCGGACUGGAGUUUCCAGGUGCAGUGACAGUGGUGUACGUACGUACGACUACUACUACUACUACUACUACUACUACUACUACUACUACUACUACUUUUCGUACUUUUGCUAUUUCCGGCUCCGGUGCACCACUUUUUCUUGCUGUUACUACAUCAAUGAGACCAUUCAAAAAAUGCCAAAACCCCUACGUACCACUACUUUUGCUAUUUCCGGCUCCGGUGCGCCACUUUUUCUUGCUGUUACUGCAUCAAUGAGAACAUUCAAAACAUGCCAAAACCCCGGAGGCGCAAGAAGGCGCUAG